UGAAGAAUCGUAUAAAAGGAGUGCAUGCACCGGUGAGGCACAUAUCUGUUGAGCACAGGUGAAAUAACACAUACAAAGGGACAACAUGAUGUUCUCUAACUCUAUGACAUUAUGGGCAGGUGCUCUGCUUAUAAUAAGCGUCAGUCUAUGCUCUGCAACAGCUCAUAGUGAUGGGGCAGAGGAUUGCUGUUUAACCACCAGCAACCGGCGCAUCCCACACAGGGUGGUGAAAACCUUCACCAUUCAGACCGGUGAUGGAGCCUGCAGAGUUCCUGCCACUAUAUUUGUCACAAAGAAGGGCUUGAAGCUCUGUGCACCCUUUCCCAGUGAGAAUAACUGGGUAAGCAAACUGAUUGACCACAUACUGGCACCUAAAACCUCCCACAAAAAAACGAAAGGAAAGAAACAGAAACACCAGUGAAUCAGAUUCAUAGAUCCAGUCUUCUCUCACGCAAUGUGCAUGUAUGCGGCACUGAUCCUAGAACAGAUAGCUGAUAACACUCAUCCUUAAUAGUUAAUGCUAAUUCUCAGGUUUACUACAUGUGUACUCUAGCAGAGCAGGUCAAAGUGUGAAUCUACUGUCAUAGAAAGAUAUGAGCUAUUUGUAAAAAAAUGUGAACUCUUUCCCCCACUGGUCUACAUGAAGAGAUUUUAAGAUAAUAUUUCCUCCAUUUGUUGAGUUUGUAUUUUGUCUACAUUGUAUAAAGUUACUGUGUUUUUCCUGAGCCACUGAAUGAAAAUAUGUUUUUCUUUUUCUACAUUUUCUCUUUAUAUUUUGGAAUAUAAAUAAAAGAUUUUACAUUUUAAAUAUGAAAA